AUGAUUGGAAACAGUCACCCUGAAAGAGCACAAAAAAGGGAGAUGCCGUGGACUGUCACGAAUUCAUUCAGGCGAGGUCUCAUGAUGAAAACUUACGGCCGCUCACCGUGGCGCGUCUACGACGACGACCAGCGUCCAGCACCGAAGAAAAGACGCGUUUUAUCGGAUAGCGAGUCUGAUGCCGCUGAGAAAAGCCUACAGUAUGCUAUUCGCGAAUCGACUGCCAACGUGCGGUCGAGCCCGUCGCGUCGAAACUCUAUCGCACUCUCCGACGGAUCACAGGACGAUGACCUUUCGACGCCCCCGUCUUCCCCUCCUCCGCCACGCUUGACCCCUCCGCCGCAAAACACCCGCAAACCGACCUUUUCUUUCCUCAAGCGCAAGCACUCAGCCACCGAUGGCGCGACUAACGGGUCUCCGCUAUCCGAGGUGAACUCCAACAGCGUGCGCGCGUCUCUCGAUCCUCCCAAGAAGAAAGCAGCAACCUCGACAUCGCAACAGCAACCGGUACUGAAGCAGAUGCAGCUCGACUUGGGCCACGAGGUGCGCAAAACGUGUGCGACCUGCGGGAUGGAAUAUAUACCCUCAAACGCUGAAGACGCGUCGCUCCACAAGAAAUUUCAUGACAUGAACUCGACAGGGGUGGACUUGGGCAAGGCUUUUAUGAGGGCAAACGCGUCGCGCUGGGUUUACGAGGCGACUCGCUUUGAUGAGGGCUAUGUGGUGAUUGUAGACCGCAAGUCUUCCCCGACCGCGAAGAACCAGGCCAAGAAGGUGUUGGAGGUGCUCAGCAAGGAGCUCUCAUCCCCAGUGAUCGAGGACGAGGUUUUGUGGAGCCAGACGGAGCCACCGAAGCAUCUGCGCAAGAACGGAGCGACGGAGAAGGUAGACCGAUACAAGGUCUUCCUACAUAUGAAACACUCUCGGUGCGUCGGGGCGUGCUUGACGGAGCGCAUCUGGGAAUCACAUCCAGUGGACAAGGCAUCUCUCCAGAAGGAUGGCACUGAUGCUGCUGUUGCCGUCGGUGGCGCGUCGCACCCCGCCAUUGUAGGGAUCUCCCGUAUCUGGACAUCGGGUUCAUCUCGGCGAAAAGGAAUUGCGAUGGAUCUUUUGGAUUGCGUCGUGAGCAACUUCAUCUACGGGAUGGAGAUUCCCAAGGAACAGGUGGCCUUCAGUCAGCCAACCAACAGUGGAAAAAGCCUCGCACAGGCAUUUUUCGGGCCAGAGAACGAAUGGCAUGUUUACAAGGAAAGUUGA